AUGGUUGGGUUCUCCUUCAGCAUCGUUACUAGCUGGACGGCUCUAAGCGGAGUUCUGAUCAUCGGCGUCGAAUCUGGAGGCCCUCCUGUCAUGAUCUGGGGAUGGCUCGCAGUCUGCUUGUUCAGCCUGACUGUUGCGUACUCUAUGGCUGAAAUGUGUAGUGCGUACCCCGUAGCUGGAGGUCAGUACAGCUGGGUGGCGAUACUCGCUCCGCAACGUUGGGCUAGGGGCUUAUCGUACGUUUGCGGCUGGUUUAUGCUGAUAGGAAUCCUGGCAAUGGGUGCUACCAACAACUUCGUGGCCGCAAACUUCGUUCUGGGAACGGCCCAGCUGAAUCAUCCGGAUUACACGAUUGAGCGAUGGCACACGGUCCUCGUCGCCUAUCUCAUCGCCUUCGCCGCAACAGCAUCGAACAUCUUCAUUUCGGAAGCUCUCAACAAGAUCUCCAAGGGUAUCCUCGUCUGGAACAUAACUGCCUUCUUCGUGUGCUUCAUCACCAUCCUGGCGACAAACGACCACAAGCAACCCGCCAGCUUCGUCUUCAGCGACUUCCAGAACUUCACAGGGUUCAGCGGGGCCUACUGUGCUAUCCUUGGGCUUCUCCAAAGCGCAUUCGGAAUGUGCUGCUACGACGCCCCGGCUCAUAUGUCAGAAGAGAUCGCACAUGCCCGCAAGCAGUCACCCAGGGCUAUCGUCAUGUCGGUAUAUAUUGGGGCAAUCACCGGCUUUAUCUUUCUGAUCUCGCUUUCGUUCUGCAUAGGCGACCUGGAGACAACGGCCGGCACGUCAACGGGCGUCCCAGUUAUUGAAAUCUUCUUCAACUCGACUGGGAGUGUCGGGGGAGCCUCCACUUUGGCGUCGUUGAUCGCGGUCAUUGCCUUGGUCUGUGCCAACUCGCUGAUGGCAGAAGGUUCAAGAGCCGUGUACGCCUUCGCUCGAGACCACGGCCUACCUUUCUCCCGAACCUUCAGCAAGGUUUCCCAGAAGAAGAAGGUUCCGGUAUAUGCUAUUCUCUUGACGUGCCUGGUGCAGGUUGUGUUCAACUCCAUUUACUUUGGAACGUUAACGGGAUUCAACACUGUAAUCUCGAUCGCGACACAAGGCUUCUACCUCUCCUACGCCAUGCCGCUGCUCGCCCGCGUUCUCGCCCACGUAACCGGCAAGAAACACCGAUUGGAGGGACCGUAUUCGCUGGGUCGAUACGGGUUGGCAUUGAACCUCGUCGGCUUCUUGUUUCUCACGUUCUGCUGCAUCACUUUCAAUUUUCCUUCAAUAAAUCCGGUCGACAGCGAGAACAUGAACUAUACAUCUGCUGCUACUGGGGUGGUAAUGUUGAUCAGCUUAGUGACCUGGAUCACCACGGGCAGGAGGCGCUUCACAGGCCCGGAUGCUGGGCAUCUGCUGGACGUUGGGAGAAGAGAAGAGGUGGCAGCAACAGAGGAGAAGGCCACGUAG